AUGUCAACCCCCAAAAUCUCCUUUCGCGUCCCCACGUCUGAGCCCGAACAGCCAUCGGGGGACGUGACGACGCACGAUGUGACGACGGCGCCGGGGAAAGAGAGGGAGAGGGAGCCGAUGUAUGGUGGCGAGUUGGGGAAUAUGGGGCCGGGGGAGGGGAGUGGGGAGGGGCAGGGGCAGAAUGGAAAUGGGACUGGGGAGGGGAGUGGGAGUGGGACAGGGGAGGGUGACUCUCCCGCUCCCGCCCAACCGAGCGCCAAAGACCUGCACGCCCUCGCCUCGACCUAUCUCGCCUCGCAGACGCACGCGCUCGUCAUCCCCUCUUACUCGUCCUGGUUCUCCUUCGCCGUCAUCCACCCUAUCGAGCGGCGCUCGCUCCCCGAGUUCUUCUCGUCUCGGAACCGCAGCAAGACGCCGUCUAUAUACAGGGACUAUCGGGAUUUCAUGAUCAAUACGUAUCGCCUCAACCCGGCCGAGUAUCUCACGGUCACGGCGUGCAGGCGGAACUUGGCGGGUGAUGUGGGGAGUAUCAUGCGGGUACAUGGGUUUCUGGAGCAGUGGGGUUUGAUCAAUUACCAGAUUGACCCGGAUACACGCCCAGCAGCACUGGGUCCACCUUUCACGGGCCAUUUCCGCGUCACUCUCGAUACACCCCGCGGACUUUCCAACCUCCUCCAUCCGGGAACCAAGCCCAACACUGGUGCGCUCGCCCUCCAAUCUGCCGGUCCUGGCGCCACGAGCGUCACCCCUCACCCCUCCAACCUCGAUCUCCGUAAAAUCAUCUACCACUCUACUGAAAAGUCGACCAAAUCCAUCUCUUCGGACGACGCGACCAAAAUCGCCACCGCCACUGCCGCUUCCGACGCCGCGCCCAAGCCCCAGUCCUUCGCGUGCGAGACAUGCGGCACGGACUGUACGCGGACGCGAUACCACUCGCUCAAGGAUGGCGAGUACACCUUGUGCCCGUCAUGCUUCGUCUCGGGCCGGUUCCCGUCUACCAUGUUCUCUGGCGACUUUGUCCGGCUGGACGAGGCGGCAUUUAAGCAGGCGGCCGCCGGUCCCGGUUCCGAAUGGACAGACCAGGAGACGCUGCUGCUUCUGGAAGGGGUGGAGAUGUUUGAUGAUGAUUGGCAAAAGGUGUCGGUGCAUGUAGGGACAAGGGGGAAGGACCAGUGUAUCGCCAAAUUCCUCCAAUUGCCUAUUGAGGACCCCUACAUCUCGGGCGAUGCCGCGGCGGAUCUCGGACCGCUGCGGUUCCAGGCGGGAACGAAUGGUUUGCCAUUCGACGGGGCGGAGAACCCGGUCAUGUCGGUGGUGGCCUUCUUGGCAAAUGCGGUAGGGCCCGCGGUGGCGGCUGCGGCGGCACAGAGCGCGCUGGGCGAGCUGGGCAAGGGGAUGAAGCGGAAGCGGGAGGAGGAUGGGGAUGGGGCGGUCAAGAAGGGCAAGGCGGAGACUGGGGAGGAAGAGAUGGUCGUUGAUGGGGACGAGGCAAAGGACGGCGAGGCGGCACCGGCACCCGCUCAAUCAGCGGUCGAACGCGCAGCAUCCAUCGCUCUCGGCGCGGCCUCGGCCAAAGCCUCCGUCCUCGCCGCACACGAAGACAAGCGCAUCUCGCAAUUCGUCUCGCGGCUCGUCGCUGCCCAAGUACGCAAGGUCGAGCUCAAACUUACGCUCUUUGAAAAGAUGGAAGAGAUGCUCGAGCGCGAGCAGAGCAAGUUGGAAAUGGGGCGUCAGGCGCUGUUUAGGGAUAAGCGACAAGUGGGGGCGCGGCUCGCCGAGGUGGAGGCUCUGCUAAGGAAAGCGAGGGAACGGCCGGCCGAGGUGACGCCUGCAGAGUUGGGGGCGGCGAGGGAGGGACUGGGGAAGAGUACGGCGGAGAUGAUGGUCCCGGUGCAGCAAGGAGGGGCGGAUGUGGAGGGGUACAAGAAGGAAGAGGCGCAGAUGGCGCAGUUGUAG